AGCCGCCGAGCGGGAGCCGACUUGGAGAGGGAUGGAGGCGGGCGGCGUGGCGGACACGCUCCUUUCCGGAUCUUGCUUGCUCUUCACCCUUGGCAUGUUCUCCACCGGCCUGUGAGAGUGCGACCGGGCCGGGCUAGGGCAGGACCAGGAGUCAGGAAAGGAGCGAGAGGGGACGGAGACGUGGCUGCAGCCCCAGCCUGCGUCCGGAACCUGGGGUCAAAGUGGAAUCGGGUCGAAGGGACCGGGGUACCAGGGCGAGGCUGGUCACUUGACCUGAAGAAGGCAAGGGAGCCGAGGGCGGAACCGGGGGUCUGCAGUUGUCAGGGGAGGAUGACAGGCAUUGGGGAUCUCCACUCCCCAGCAGCCUGGUUCUCCCUUCCCCUCUCACCCCUGCCUUCGGGGCACCAUUACAGCUCGGACCUCAGGCACAUGUGGAUGACUCGGAGAGUGGACAAUGUCCAGUUCCUGCCCUUUCUCACCACGGAUGUCAACAACCUGAGCUGGCUGAGUUAUGGGACCUUGAAGGGAGACGGGACCCUAAUCAUCGUCAACGCUGUGGGCGCGGUGCUUCAGACCCUAUAUAUCUUGGUGUAUCUGCACUACUGCCCUCGGAAGGGUGCUGUGCUCCUACAGACUGCAACCCUGCUGGGGGUCCUUCUCCUGGGUUUUGGCUACUUUUGGCUCCUGGUGCCCAACAUUGAGGCCAGGCUUCAGCAGCUGGGCCUCUUCUGCAGUGUUUUCACCAUCAGUAUGUACCUCUCACCACUGACUGACUUGGCCAAAGUUAUUCAGACUAAAUCAACCCAACGUCUCUCUUUCUCAUUGACCAUUGCCACCCUCCUCACCUCUGCCUCCUGGACUCUCUAUGGGUAUCAACUCAGAGAUCCAUACAUCAUGGUGCCCAACCUCCCAGGAAUCCUCACCAGCGUCAUUCGCCUCUGGCUUUUCUGGAAGUACCCUCAGGAGCAAGACAGGAACUACCAACUCUUACAAACCUAAGGCAGUCCACCUGACCACAGGACACCUUAAUGCCAACCUGUUUCAGUUGUUCCUGCCGACCAGCUCCAAGGGUGCCAUGGAUUAAUGGGAAAGAAAAAGAGACAACUUUGGGAAUCGGGACCAAAGAAAGAGUUUUACUUAGAAGAGUGGGUGGGAACUGGGAGAUGAAGCACUUAUUUUUUAGAGAUUAUAUUUUUUAAUUUUGGAGGUUGGGGUGAAAUCUUUAGAAUGUGCCUUAAAAUAAACUGCUCCCUACAC